AUGACCCAGCCUGCCAAAGGAAAAGGAAAGACCCCGGCCCCUGCGCCCUCUUCCGGUAAGAAGACCAAGGCUGCUGCCCACCCUCUCUUCGAGUCUCGUCCUCGCUCUUUCGGCGUUGGCGAGAGCCUGCGUGCCAAGACUAACCUGAGCCGCUUCGUCAAGUGGCCCAAGUACGUCCGUCUGCAGCGCCAGAAGAAGAUCUUGAGCAUGCGCCUUAAGGUCCCCCCCGCUAUCUCCCAGUUCCAGACUGUUCUCGACAAGAACACUGCUUCCCAGGCCUUCAAGCUGCUCAACAAGUACCGUCCCGAGACUACUGCUGAGAAGAAGGAGCGUCUGACCAAGGAGGCUGCUGCCAUUGCCGAGGGCAAGAAGAAGGAGGACGUUAGCGAGAAGCCCUUCGUCGUCAAGUACGGUCUCAACCACGUUGUCUCUUUGAUUGAGAACAAGAAGCCCCAGCUGGUUUUGAUCGCCAACGACGUCGACCCCAUUGAGUUGGUUGUUUUCCUGCCUGCUCUCUGCCGCAAGAUGGGCGUUCCCUACGCUAUUGUGAAGGGUAAGGCCCGUCUCGGUACUCUUGUUCACAAGAAGACCGCUGCCGUCGUCGCCAUCAACGAGGUCCGCUCCGAGGACUCUGGUGCUCUUUCCAACUUGGUGUCUGCCAUCCAGGCCAGCUACGUCCCUCAGACCGAGGAGGCUCGCCGCAAGUGGGGUGGUGGUGUCAUGGGCUUCAAGGCCCAGGCCAAGCAGGAGAAGCGCCGCAAGGCUUACGAGGCUUCGCUCCGCGCUUAG